ACAAUACAACAAAGCAUGGAAGAAUCAAAGGAAAUCUUGAGCAAGGUGAAGGUUGCUGUCCGAGUAAGACCUCCAGUCCCAAGUGAGAUUUUACCCAACGGGAUAUAUCACAGUUGCGUGGAAGUUGGACCUUCAACUGAAAAGGGGCAAACCAUCUUUGUUUCUCCAUCGGCUGAUCCAAUCUUACAUCAGCAUGGAUCAAUUCCUAACAAGGUGUCCAGAUAUACAUUUGAUCAUGUUUUCUCACCCUCAUCAACCCAGGAGGAAAUAUACUCAACCUUAUCCAACACAUCAGUUGAUAACGUAAUCAGAGGAUACAACACUACAAUACUAGCCUACGGACAAACUGGAUCAGGAAAAACAUUUACUAUUCUUGGUGGAGAGAACGAGAAGGAAGGAUUAGCUGUGAGAGCAAUUAGACAUUUACUGAAUGAGGAAGAUUAUUCCAUCUCUAUGGCCGUACUUCAGAUCUACAAAGAACAAGUUUACGAUUUACUUGGAACCACUUUCGCAGAGGGGCUUAACUUAAGGCAGACGCAAAACGGAGUCGAUAUUGUUGGACUAACUCAGAAACGGAUUUCAUCUGUUAAGGAAUCUUUAAAGUUUCUUGGUAAAGCUGAGAGUCGUAGAGCAGUGUCUGGAACUAUGCUGAAUGACGUCAGCAGCAGAAGUCACAUGAUUCUAACACUUACAGUCAAAGCUAGGGAUGGAACUUGUGCAAAAUUGAACCUAGUUGACUUGGCAGGUUCAGAAAGACUGAAAGAUUCUCAGGCUGAAGGUGAAAGGCUUCAGGAAACAAGAGCAAUUAACAGCUCUUUGUUUGCUCUUGUAUCUGUUGUUGAAGCACUAUCUCAAAGAGCUGAUUAUAUACCUUACAGAAACUCUAAGCUGACCUGGGUACUCAGUGAGAGCCUGGGAGGAAACUCUUUCACUACUGUCCUAGCCAUGGUGUCUCCUAGUCAGCAGUUCAAUAUGGAAACUAAAUCAACCCUGAAGUUUGCACAUAGUUGUAAAAAGAUAGAACAUGUAAUAGUGCAGAAUAGUUUAGCUACUGUUAAAGGGAACACUAAUAAGCUUAGGCCGACGGUAACUGCCUUCCCUUGGCAUGGAUUUGAAGUCACCAUUACUUCAGAGAGGAUUAGGACUCCACUAGGUGAAAUUAUGUGCCAUCACAGCGGGAAUCCAGAUGGAUUUACUAUUUUACUCUUGCAUAGUUGUCCUUCAUCAUUUCAAGAAUUCAGGCACUUUCUGGCCGGUCUUGCGUUCAAUGAGUUUAGGAUAAUAGGGGUUGACCAGCCCGGCUACGGAGGCUCGCCUGGCAAACGGUUUCCCAGCAGGAGUGAACGAGCCACAGAUAAGGGUGGUCCAGUUGAAGUCCUUAGUGCUGUAAUCAAGCAUUACGGGGUAAAAUAUCUAGAUAUCAUUGGUUACGACUGGGGCGGUGGAAUAGGAAUAUCCUUUGCAGUUCUUUUCCCUAAACUGGUUCGAAAACUUGUUCUUUUUCUUCCUAACUUUAGGGAAAUCCCAGAUAUUAGAGUGCGGUUUCUACAAUGUGAAGUAUUUAUUCUUUGGGUCAAAGAGGAUCAAAACCAUUCAUGGAAGGCCUUUAAGCAUAUUGCAAACAAAAUUCCAGAUUUUCAGGCAGAGAUGAUCCAUUUUGGGGACAGGAGAAAGGAUGCGAAUGUAAACUGUUAUGAAAAAAUUGGAGAUAGAGUAAUGAGACCAAUUAUAGAAUUUUUAACUGGAACUUGUAUUGACUACAAUCCCCUGUUCAAACCAAUAGAACGAGAGACUGAGUCUACGAAUGGUGACAAGGUGGUUGAAGUUUGUAAUAUAAACUUCUCUAACAGUUUAACUAGUGAGGAGAUUAAAGCCAUCUUAAAUGUUCCUAACCCGGAGGUCAAUGCUGUCAGGCUGUUUGAAAGCAUGGCUUUUAGGCAUGGUAUCAGAGCAUUGUAUCGAGCAUCAGAAAAUCCGUCCGAUAAACUUCACAGGAGUGUAAACAGUGUGUUUAACUGCCUUCCAGAGCUGUCACCACAAUUACUGGAUAAAGAAGAAACCUACCUGUAUGAUAUUGGUAUCUGGAGUUCUAUGCCAAAAAAUUUGGAAUCUAUGAAAACAAGUCCAAGAUAUUUCCCUGGUCGGGAGGUUCUGGUCAAAUUACAAGAUGAAUCUGACCUAGAUUUUGAUAAUGAACCCACUCAAGGAGGAAAAGAUACAGGAAUCACAAAGGUGGUUUACGUAUUAUACAUUGGUCAGAUUGCAACUGUGAUCAGAGCUUCAGAAAGUGAGAUGACUAUAAGUCUAGAUCCAUAUGAAGACCUAAUUGCAGAUAAAGCUUUCAGAAUAGAAACUGAGCAAGUUGUAGAACUAAAUCAACCGCAUGUCUUUUCCUUUCAUCCAGACAACAGACUGCUCCUAGAGGAUGGUUUAAUAUGCGACUACAAGAGUAAGAUUGUAAAAGCAAAGAUGCUUGAAAUCUGUUUUGAGAUUUCCCCGCUCAUUGAAAAGUUGGACUUUAACAGCAGUGACGUAGAAGUUGUUCAAAAAGAAAUUUUAGCGAAGAUACGAAAAUGUUUGAACAUUUCUACAUUUUUGGGUGGAUUUGAUAGAUCUCGUAUCUCAAGAACUGAUUGCGUGGGAAAGCUAGCGGUUAAUGGACAGGGCAAUUGUCAAACAGUGGCCUGUACACUUACAGCAUUUCUUCUACCCCUGUCAGAUCUACUGGGAAUAGAUCUUAAGUAUAGAGGUUGCUUUACAUUUUCAAGCAGUGGGAAUAACAGUAUUGAACGCCACCAAUGUAUAGAGGUAUCUCUAAGACCAGGAUGUAGGAACUAUGUGGUAGAUCUAUGGAAGGCUGAAGAGCUAAACAACCCAAGCUGGUUCUGUAUGGAUGUUAAUAUUGCUUAUAACAGGUUCAUGUACCCGAAUGGAUCUCUUAAUCUAAACACAAAGCCUAAACCAUUGACUGCCACUGACAUCAAGACUUCAGAGGAAUCUGAGCUCGACGAGGAUGAAACUGAUUCUGAAAAUGAGAAUAGAAAGGAAGAACAUGAGGAGCUAAGCAGUAUCAAUAGUUUAGAUGAGAAUGAGAUGAAAAUGUUUAAAGAUGACAAGAAUGACUCCGAGGAAGAGGAGAACUGGGAUGAAGAAACUUUGUCAAUGGAUUCAGCUCCUACUUACAGUUUAUAAUUCUACACUAUAAUAAACUUUUGGAUUGUUGAAAA